AAAAAAAACACCACGUAGGUCGUCUUCUUCGUUUAGAUCUGUCCAACUCAGAAUCGUGCGCUCCCACGACGUUUCCGACCAUCACUUUAUAGGAAUCGCGCUUCCCUUGCGAUUCCAAGCGCUUCCGGACGUUUCCGUUUCCGUUACCGUUUCUGAUUCCGGAGCGGGAAUCGGAGCAUCUCGGACGAUUCCGUGUAACGUGCUCCGUCAGUUUCACAAAAAAUUCUCUGCGGUUUCCAUUUCCAUUUUCCAAGAAUGGCGACCAAACAAACCUUGAAGUCACGUCUCCAAAAAGGUGAGAAGCUGCAUGGACACUUUCUCCUCUCCUUCUCACCAGAGCUAGCCGAGAUCGCCGCACGCGCUGGCUUCGAUUUUAUCAUCGUCGAUCUGGAGCACGGCGCCGGAGGAAUACGUGAUGCGCUUCACUGCAUUCGAGCGAUCGAAGCCGCCGGUUGCUCAACCGUCCUCCGUGUUCCUGAUAUUAGCCAGGCUUGGGCUAAGAAAGCGUUGGAUCUCGGAUCCGACGGCAUUAUGUUCCCGAUGGUCGAAACCGGCAGAUCUGCCGCCGAGGCUGUUUCGUUUUGUAAGUAUCGUCCCGACGGUGUUCGCGGCUGUGCGUACUCUGUUGUGAGAGACUCCAACUUCGGAUUUAACGAAGGGUAUUUGGGUAAUUACUCUGAUAAGCUCUUCAUCAUGUGCCAGAUAGAAUCAGAGGAAGGUGUGAAGAAUGUGAAUGAGAUCGUAGCCGUUGAUGGGAUGGACUGUGUGAUGAUGGGGCCGAGAGACCUGAGUGCAAGCUUGGGGAUACUUAACGAUCCAGGGAACCCUAAGUUGAAGUCAGUCAUGAAGGAGGCGGAGACGGCGGUUUUGGCAUCUGAUCCGGCGAAUGGAGGAGCUUACUUGGCUGGGAUGGCGACGGCUCAGGACAAAGCACUUGAUCUCAAGGCACGUGGGUAUCACGUGGUGCUCGGGUCAACUGAUGUUUCACUGUACAAGAAGGCUGUGGUUGAUGAGGUCAACGCCUUUAAGGCUUAGUAGUGUGUAGUAUUGACUAGAAAUAAAUUAGAAUGCGUGUCAUUCGGAGAUUUAAGGACCUAGUGUAUUGUCGUUUCUAUUCAUAAAAAAGCCUGCCGUUUUUUUCUCGA